UUAGAUGUGGACCUAGUAGAAUUUCCAUUGAAUUUGAAGUACUUGAAAGCUAAAUUUUUCUUGUGGGGUUAUUUGGGAUAUGGUUUGGAUAAAUUCGCACCUGAACUUGCUGACAGUGGGUGGCCACCUAUUGGUGCCCAAAUUGCAAAACUUAGCCCUCUCAUAAUAGAUGUCAUAACCCAAUUUGAAUUCCAAGAAGUCGGACAUCUCAGGGCAAUCAAAGAUACAGUAACAGGAUUCCCAAGGCUAAUACUAAAUCUAAGCAGAGAAUCAUUUGCAACAGUGAUGGAUGAUGCAUUUAGACAUCCAUUAAAACCACCUUUUGAUGCUUAUGCAAAUGACAUCAACUAUCUCCUUUCCUCCUAUGUAAUACCUUAUGUUGGACUGACCAGAUAUGUUGGCGUCAAUCCUAAACUCCAAAGCUCUACUGCCAAAAGA